CGAUCGAAUGAUCAUCAAUAAAAUUAAACGGGUUAAUAGACUUAAAAGUAACAUAAAAAUACAAAUAAUCAAAUAUGAGCAUUCCGGCCAAAGGGCCGGGUUAUAAGCUAGUUAUAAUAAUAUAACCAUGGAUAUUCAAGGGGAAUUGAACCCGACGUGAAUCGAACACGCAACCUUCUGAUCUGGAGUCAGACGCGCUACCAUUGCGCCACGGAUCCACUUGUCGUUAUAUCUUCUGUAAAGACAUAAUUAUCUAGUUUUGGAGGAGAAACGGCUCUGAAAGGAAGGAGAAGCUGCAAGCAGCUGAAUUGUCGUUCCUCCUCCUCCUCCCUGAGGACCCUGACGGUAAUCCUUUUCCUAAACCCUAAUCCCCCAUUUUCGUCUUUGGUAGAGCUCUGAAUUCGCUGAAAGAGUGAAUGAUUAUCGUAUUCCCCAAAUCGGCGCUCUUCUCUUCUUCAGUCUCAGUCCCAGCAUGGAAAUGGCGGCUCUCCAUUUGCCUUCGUUCUCGAUUCAGCCAUCUCCGCCAUUCCCAAAGCACUGUGUAUCUCUAAACACUACGCAGCUCAUGACCGAAUUCGUGAUGUUCCAAUGUCCGUCGAGGCGCAAUCCUCCAAAAUCUGGUUCCCUGAUGAUUAGACGCCGCUUAGUGAGAGCAGUUAGCGAUUCGGGUAGCUCGACGGAAGGAGCAGCAGCUGAUUCUCCGGACGAGAACAUUGUUGUUACUAGCGAUAGCGCUAAUGAUUCUCCGCCUGAUUCUCAGGACGAGAAGGUUCUUGUUACUAGCGAGAGCGCCAAUGAUUCCCCGGAUUCCAAACCCCUCGUCUUCGUCGCCAAAUUGCAGGCGGCAAUCUCCCCUCUUUCUCCGUUCGUCUCUUCGAUGAAAAUAUAUGCUGGAAGUCAUAGCAACGUAAUCUGGUUAUCCACUGCAACUGCAUUCUUAUUGUUCGUUGCUGUGAGAGUCUACAUUGGGGUUACUCGAAAAUCGAAGCACAAUCGUCCUGGAACUGUGGCUGAUCUUGUUAGACGUGGCCAGCUGAGGUCUGAUAGAAGAGCACAAGGCAUCUCCAGUCUGAAAUAUGAGGACCCGUUCAACAACCCUUAUGUGAAACUCGGCAAGAGCAACUCCACGGUGGAGAUGUGUGGCAAGGUUUAUAAGUUGUCCCCAGUUACACUCACCAAGGAAGAGCAAGCUAUCCAUCAGAGGAGGAGGUCGAGUAGCUUAUGAGUGGAAGAGGCCGACAAUGUUCCUCAAGGAAGGCGAUUCGAUACCACCUGAUGUUGAUCCCGAUUCAGUUAGAUGGAUCCCUGCGAAUCAUCCUUUUGCAACUACUGCAAGUGAUAUUGAUGAAAGCAUGGCUCAAACUAACGUGUAUCAAAAGCAUGGUGUUCCGUUUCGUAUUAAGGCCGAGCAUGAAGCAUUGCAGCAGAAACUAGGAGCAUUGCAACAGGUAAAAGUGGGUUAUUUAUGGAUGACUAUCGGCAUUUGUCGAGCUUUGAGUCUUCAAUAAACUCGAGUGGUUUUCCUUCUGCAGGAUCAAAAGCUCAAUAAGUUCUUCAUCGAUGGUGGCAAUACUAAAGAGUACGACAGAUCAUUGAAGUUGCAUCCCAAGUCUAAUGAAGCCGUUGAUCAAAAUCCCUCGGGUAAUCAAGAAGGCAACUCGAGUCCCUCCAGCUCUAACAGCUCGUCGAGUUCCUUCAACAGCACAUCACCCUCUGAUGACCACAGAAACUAUGAGUAGCUUUUGCCAUUUACCAAUUAUGCGCUAUCCGUUUUGUUUCUUUGCAAUCCACUGUGGUCCUUCGCUACGUGAAGCCGUGUAGCUGUCCUUUCAAUUGCUGUAGCUCACUUUUGUAUGGGAUUGUAGCUUCAAUAGCUCAGUUGUAUGGAAAUGUAUAUAUGAAAAUUCAGGGAUUCGUUCUCACUGUUGCAAUGAAAUUGCGGGGAGAGUGACAUUUCACCACCGUGGAACCAACAAAGGCUCUCUGUCAAUGAUACAGCAUCACCUCAAUCGAGUACUCAGACUCUAUGAACUUUCACCUAUACUACUAACUACAUGGCUCUUGCCUUAUUAAGAAUCAGCG